CAGCCUGUCGACCCUACCUUCUACUAUCCUGAACCUCGUCACCUUCUCUUCUGCUCUUCCACCGUUGUCGCUCCUCGCUGUCGAUCUGAUCCAGCCGCCGCCGUCGCCGCCACCGCCCUUCUUUCCUCCGUCAAUCUCACUCAGUCGACACAUCUCAAUCCACUCCACUGCAAUCAUGUGCACCACAAAUACGGCUCAAGAAGUCUGCUGCGUUCCCGUUUCCUUCUACGCCAACAACAGGAACCGAGCCGUCGGCUGGUGUCUCCUUGUGCGCGCCACGAUCCUCUUCCAUCUCUGGAAGCUCCGAGUCCUGCCAGACGAGGUUAACGACCGAAUGUUCGAUAGCCACGUGCUCCCAUACCUCCGUCCUCUCUGCCACAUGGGCCCCUUCUCCGACCCCUCCUCCGGUCUGUUUGAUACUGUCAUUCUUCCCCAGUUCCGCAACAAGGUCCGCCAUACUGCCCAGAAAUGGGUUGUUGACAACCGCGUCGUUCUGCCUCAUCUCCUCCCUGGAAGCUCCUCCUCCUUCCAGCGUUACCAAUGGAAUCCUGAAAUCACCGCCAUCUGGUUUGGCAGUGUCGACACAGUCCAGGAUUGGCUCCGCAUCUUGGGCAAACGGAACACGGCCAAUGUCGACGCCCGCUUUCCGCCGCCUCUCCCUACCUUACUGCCCUCGAUCCCUGCCCCCCUCACGCCGACAGGCCGUCGCCUGGCCGAAUCAGUUGCCAUUGCUCAGGGGCUCGUCACCCCUCCCCAGACCGGGUCUCGCAGCUCGGUCGCUGCGACUAGGCUCGACCCUUCUUCGACACCCAGCACGCCCAUAUAUCCACUCCCUCUCCGACACGACAAGGACGAACGCGCGUCUCUGCUGUGGACAAGAAGAACCAGAGACGCCAACCCACACAUCGUGUCGGGCAGCGGACCUGGCAGUCUGAUUCACCACGGCAGCCGCGGAUCGCCGCCCAUGGCGUCUCCAAGCGCUCACCUGGCCGGCGCUCCGCCGUUUCUACAGCAGCACCAGGCAAGGAUGCGGCCCGAGACCGACAGGGACCGCAAAAGGAUGGCAGAAGCCACCCAGGUAGAGCCAAGGCAAUCGACGCAAUGCUCGCCGAGCGCCUCGCCAGCUUCAAGAUUGGGUAUUAGCAGCGCCAUGUCCCAUCAGACGUGUAGCAACAGCACUGUCGUGGAGCAACUGGGCGGUGGCGGUUCAAGCGUCAUGUCAGGCGUUACCUACAACAGCACUUUCGUCCCUGUUGAUCAUUAUGGCGGCGGUGGUGGCUGCGUCGCCGCGACCCAUCAAACGGCAGCGUCGGCGACUACGUCCAACAAUAACAACAACAACAACAACAACAACAACACCCAAGCGGCUCGCGCUGAAGAGAGCGACGCAGGGCUUACAGAGUACAGCGACGUCCAGCUCGCUCUCGAGUGGCAGCUUCAGGCGAGACGUCACGUGCUCGAGGCUGAUUCUCUGUUCAAGCGUUUGAUGCUAAAGGACCCUUAGAUUCUAGUCUUUCUCAAUGGUGCUCUUGCGGCUUAGUGUGUCUGUAUGUGUAUGAGAAAGAGAGAUGUAAAGAUGCAGCGUUGUCUUGGCUACAAGUCUUUUUCUAUGUCUAUGCAUAUGUUGUGAUGUUGACCAUCGCGAUUGACUAUCGGCGUUAGUGGCCUUAACACCGACAACCAAUCACCGGGUAAUUCGCGGCCGAUCCUCCGUGGGUCCACCGAGAAUCCACAGUGAAUACCCGGGUAGGUAGUGUACCUACAGUCUCUUAUCUUGUUCCCUUCUCAUCUUCUCUUAAUC